AUGGACCAUGCCUUCCUCCACGCCGUUCCCGCCUUCGACCCGGUGCUGGACGGGUGGCUGGACUUCACCACCCCCCAUGGGCAACCGUCGACGGCAUACACCCGGCCAACACAAGACCUCAUCCGCACCUUCAGGCAGGUCAAUUCCCUGGGCCCGAGCAUGGAACAUCGCCAGGGGCCCUUCUUCUCCGGUGUCUCGACGGACCUGGUCCGCAAGAACCCCAGCUUCGACGGGGGGUUCAAGCUCCGCCCUCUCGAUGUCCUGCGGCCGGAUCCUCCCCUCCUCGAGCAGCCGCCCUUCCUGAUGGAUACCAAUUCCAAAAUGGGCUUCUUCACCGGGGAAGCAACCUUCUCCCUCCCCGGCGAGGGCGUCGCCAUCGUGGCCGGCAGCUGCCUGUCCCUGGAUGAGUGUGUCGUGUUCGGCCUCACGCAUGUCGAUCAACACUACAGCCCCUUCAUGGCGCGCGUGGGGCAGCUCGCCUCCGAACCAUUGGACACCCACGGAUUGGGCUUGUCCGAUCCGGUGCAUGUCGUCGCCGGGCCCAUGCAAUCCUUCCACAUCGCAUCCCAAGGCAUUGUCAGCCAGGUGGCGGCCCAUUCGCCAGGCGAGUUGCUCGGCGUGCCGCAGAAGUACGGCGACGUCCGGGCGGUCCGGCUGUUGGCCACGCGCAUGUACUCCCGCACCCGCGAUUGCCCCUCUUCCUCGGACUUGGUGCUGCUGCUGGAGGACGGCCAAAUCCUCGUCUGGCUGUGCGAGUGGUCCAGCGCCGGGGCCGAGCGGCCCCCGAUGAAGGCCCCCCUGCCGGAGGGUGUGUCGGCCAUCAGCGCCCGCCUGCUCAAUCCCCCUGUCACGGCGUUCGCCCCGGAUGACCAGCCCCUGCCCUAUCUCCUGCUGUGGGACACCCUUUCGCGAGACUGGCGGAAGGCCCUCUGGCGGGGGGUCCCCUCCGAAAGCGAUCCCAUCGCCUGGACCCGGGUCAUCCUGCCUGUCGCGGUGACAUUCCCCCUGGACUUGCAUCUGAUUCGGCUCAGGGCCGCCGCCGCCACAUCGCCGGACGGGCUGUGGGCCUUGACCGACGGCGCGGUGGCCCUCUUUCCAUCGAAGGACUUCCUCUGCGGAUUGGACCGCUCCAUCCGCUGCGCCGAGCACCUCGACGAUGCCGACUCGCUUGUGAACGGGUGGACAUGCGCCCCGGGCCACACCGAGUCGCCCUUCAUCGCCUCGGAGCACCUGUGUGCCGGCUGUUCCGACGGUUUCUACCUCGACCGCCAGCCUGACGAGCCGCCGAUGUCUCAAGAAUCGCACGUGUGCCGUGAGUGCCCCCAGAAAAACUGCCUGACAUGCAACCCGGAGCACUGCCUCGUGUGUGACCGGGGCUUCGUCAUGCAGUUCGGCCGCGAGGGCGAGGGAAACGCGUGCGUCGAAAAAUGCCCCGACGGGUCGGGCCUCUACGGCGGAGCCUGCUACCCCUGGGGUACGCCGUUCCCGAAGCUGGAGGAUUCCCCCCUGCGCGUGCUCCCCCGGGUUGACCAGCUGCCGUCGGAGCAGUUGACGGCCAUCGUGCCCACGCGGCUGACCUUCGACCGGGACUCCGCCUCGCCGAUCCUGUCGAUGAGCCAGCCCGACCCCCCGCAGCAUGUGCUCCUCUUCGACACCAAGCAUGACACAUACAUCGUGCACCGGAGCGAGCUCGGGCUCGAGGACGCGCCGUCCCUGAUGCUCGUGCAUUUGUUGAGCAAGGACCUCCCGGGGCCGGUGGUUGCCUCGGCCGAGGUGGGCCCCUUCUUCCAUGAUGGGGAGCUGGUCAUGGGGCUGGUGCUGCUCACGCAGCUGGGCGAGCCCGUCCAGGUGUGGCUGUCCUGUGUCCCCCACGCGGAGGGGCCCUGCAUGGCGACCUUCUCGGAGGUGAGCAGCCUGGAGGGCGCCUUCCUGGAGGUCCAGCGCCUGGAUGACCGUCGGAUUUUCCUGACAGCCGCCCACGGCAUGGCGGUCAUCCUGGAUGCCAGCCCGGCCGCGCGGCACUUCGGCCGGGUGCCCCUCCCGGCGCCGGCCUUCGGGGCGGUGGCCCUGCCCGGGCGCGAGGCCGGCCGGUCGUACCUGCCGGGCGACCUCGGGUCCUGGCUGGUGACCACGCGCCCGAAUGCCCCGGCAUCGGCCCAGCCCUGGGGGCUGGUGGCCAAUCAGGACCCCCGGCUCGGGGCCCUGGAGGGGGCCUUCCUGGCCUCGGUGCCGGCCAUGUCGGAGGCGCCCUUCCUGCCGGUGCUCCUGCCUCGCGGGCAGGGCGCCCCGCCGGAGCUGGUCUUCUGCCCGCUGGCGCACGGCACAUGGGAGGUGUACCAUGUGCCGGGGGACAUGCUGCCGGCCGGCCGGUCGACCGGCCUGCCGGGGGCGUGGCAGCGCCUGGGCCGCCUGCCGCGCGACCUGCCGGCCCCCUCCCCGGCCAUGACGCACGUCCGCUACCAGGCCAUCCCCCUGGACACCGGGGACCCGAUGUACCCGAGUGCCUUGGUGAUCCUGUCGCGCACCUUCCUCGGGGUGUCCCUGCUCCGGUGCUCGGCGGCCAAGGAGCCCCAUCACGCGGCCUGUCGGCUGACCGAGGCCACCUUCUUCAGCCUGGACCCGGUCGGCCUGGAGGAGAAGGCCCCCUUCUGGGGGUCGGUCGUGGCGCGCGAGCCGCCCGGCUCGUCGGCGUCCUCGGCCCCCGGCGGCCCUGUCCCCCGGUUGCCCGGGCUCCGGAGGGACUUGCUCUUUGUGUCGCCCGGCCGGGGCCUGGUCAGCGUGGACCUGGUGAUCCGGUGCCCCGAGGGGACCUUCGGCCUGGACUGCCAGAUGUGCCAUCCCCUGUGCCGGGAGUGCUCCGGCCCGACGGCCGGCGACUGCCUGUCGUGCCGGGUCCACCUGCCGGCCGCGCCGAGCGUCUGCCUGGCCCAAUGCCCCUGGGGCCUGGUCCUGGACCCGGCAUCCGGCGCGUGCCGUUGCCACGGCAGCUGCCUGCGCUGCGACGAAAGCCCCCCCGGCAGCCAGACGUAUGCCUGCUCCCAGUGCUCGAGCGCCUUUGCCCCCGACCCCCGGGGCGUGGACCCGAGCCGGUGCCUUGCGUGCGACCCCUCCUGCGCCGAGUGCGCGGUCCCCGCCGACCCGAGCGCCUGCACCCAGUGCCCCGGCACCGGGUGGCUGCUGGGCGGCGCGUGCGUGGCCGCCUGCCCGGUCGGCACCUGGGCCGAUGACCUCACGCGCACGUGCCGCCCCUGCCCGGCCCGCUGCGAGGCGUGCUCCUCGGCCGGCGGCGCCUGCACGGCCUGCAUCGCGCGGCAUUAUCUCGGCCAGGACGGCUUGUGCCGCGCGUGCGACAGCUCGUGCCAUGUGUGUGCCGAGCGGCUGUCCUGCGAGGUGUGCCGGCCGGGGCUGGUGUUCCUGUCGGCCGAAAGCGCCACCCCCUCGCUGUGCGGCAGCACCUGCGCCCCGGGCGAGUAUGUCGGGGCUGGCCGGUGCGCCGCGUGCGAUGGGUCGUGUGAGCUGUGCGCCGGCGGGCCGGACCGGUGCCAGGUGUGUGCGGCGGGCUUCCGCUGGGGCGUGGUCCCGGGCCCCGGCGGCACUAGUACAUGCGUCGCCUGUGAGCCUGGGUGCGCCUCUUGCACGAGCGCCGCCUGCCAUGCCUGCCUGCCGGGCCUUGUCCUGGACUCGAGCAACGCGUGCGUGGCCGCCUGCCCGGCCGGGUCGUUCAGCAACGGCGAGUCGUGCCAGCCGUGCGACGUGUCUUGUGUCGCCUGCGCCGGUGGCAUGGGCAACCAGUGCACGGGCUGUGCCGCCGGGCUGGAGCUUGUCGAAGUGACCCCCGGUAUUGGCACCUGCGAGUCCGGCUGCCCGGAGGGCCAGUAUCGUGCAGGUGUUGACUGCCUGCCCUGCGACGCGGCCUGCGCCACGUGCAACGGCCCCACGGACAAGGACUGCUGGCGGUGUGCCUCCGGCGUGCUGCAGGGGGGCGACUGCGUGCAGGACUGCGCGGCCAGGCAUGUGGCCGUGGGCGACCGGUGCCUGCCGUGCCAUGUCUCCUGCGCCGAGUGCGCCGGGGUCCGGUCGACCGAGUGCCUGCCGGCCUGCCCUGGGGGACUGCUGGCCCUGCCGGCCGGGCAGUCGCCCACGCGCUGCGUGCCGGCCUGCCCAGUGGGGUACCACACCUCAAUGGGCGGCUGCCGCCAGUGCACGGAGCACUGCGCCAGCUGCCCGGAGUCGAACGACACGUGCGCCCUGUGCGACCGGGGCUGGCUGCUGGCCAGCCCGGACUGCCUGGCCGAGUGCCCGGCCGGGUCGGUAGCCCAGGGCGGGCUGUGCGCCACCUGCCACGCGUCCUGCGCCACAUGCUACGGCCCUGACCCGGAAAACUGCUUGACGUGUGCCCCAUCCAAGCCGUUGGGCAUGGAUGGCGCCUGCUUUGACGCCUGUCCGCCGGGGACCUUCCAGUCGGGCGAGGCGUGCAUGGCCUGCAACCCGGCGUGCGCGGCCUGCUCCGGGCCGGCGGCCACCGAGUGCACCUCCUGCCCGGGCAGCCGGCCGCUGAUGGACGGGGCCUGUCUCGCGGCGUGCCCCGGCGGGUGGUUUGCUGAUGGCGGGGUGUGCGUCGAGUGCGACGCGGGCUGCCGCACGUGCGACGGCCCGGCCACAUGCACCUCGUGCCCGGCCGGGCUGAUGCUCCGGCCGGACGGCUCGUGCGGGACCGCCUGCCCGGCCGGCUGGGCCGGCUGCACCGGGGCCGGCCGGUGUGAGGCGUGUCCGGAACACUGCACCGCAUGCGCGAUCAGCGACGCGGACUGCGCGCCAGUGUGCACCGUCUGCACGGGCGGCCACUUCCUGUGGGACGGGGCCUGCCACCUUUCCUGCCCCGCCGGGCAGUUCGCCGACCCGGGGAGCGCCGCCUGCCGGGCCUGCGACAGCGACUGCCGGACAUGCGCCGGGGCGGCGGAUCGGUGCACGAGCUGCACCACCGGGGUGCUGCUGGUGUCGGAGGGGGCGUGCGUGUCCUCGUGCCCGGGCCCCUCGGCGCCGGCCCAGGGCAUCUGCCUGGACUGUCCGGUGGGGUGCCUGCGGUGCGACGCGGGCGACGCGCCGGCCGAGUGCGAGGUCCAGCCCGGGGGGGCGUUGUCCUGCUCGGAGCUGCGCACCUGCGCCGAGUGUGCCGGCGGGCUGCUGCUGCUGGACGGGGCCUCGUGCGUGUCGGAGUGCCCGGCAGGGACCUUCGCCGACCAUGAAGCCGCGCCGGCGUCGUGCGUCCCCUGUCACCCGAAGUGCAAGGUCUGCAGCGGCCCCGGUGCCGAGGACUGCGUGCGGUCGCCCAAGUCGGCAUCCUCGCGCAUCGGCCUCGCGGUCGGGCUGGGGGUCGGGCUGCUGGUGCUGCUGGUGCUGCUGAUCCUGCUGGUGCUGUUCUGCGUCCGCCGGCGCGCCAAGGCCGGGCCCGGCGCCCCGAAGGAGCUGGACGCCGAGGACGCCACCAUGCUGAACACCAUCGUGGAGCUGGCCCUGCCCGGGGCCAUCCUGGUCGGUGUCGACACGGACUUCCGGCCGCUGGACGAGCAGCUGGGCGCCGGCACGCAGGCGUCGGUGUAUGCGGCGCAGGCGGUCGGGGCCGGGAUCGGGGCCCGGCUGGGCUGCCCGGACGUGGUGGCCGUGAAGAAGAUGCGGACCGAGGCCAUGGCCCCGGUGCACCACGCCUUGUUCCAGAACGAGGUGGCCCUGAUGUGGCUGCUCCGGGAACACGGCAACAUCGUCCGGCUGUACGGGUACAGCGAGCAGCCGCCGGCCAUCGUCAUGGAGCGCUACCAGACGGACCUGGCCACGCUGCUGCACUCGGAGGUCCCGCUGUCAGAGCUGCAGCUGGCGGACAUCGGCCAGCAGUGGGCCACCGGGCUGGAGGCCAUGCACGCGCACGGCAUCGCCCACUGCGACCUGAAGCCGGGCAAUGUGUUUGCCAGCCAACGGCCGGAUGGCUCCUGGCGCGCGGCCCUCGGCGACCUGGGCACCUCGCGCAAUCUGAGCGCCGACCGGUCGUCGGUCCUCGUCAACACCAUGCCCGAGCUGAAUGCCAUGACCGUGCGGUACGCCGCGCCGGAGGUGAUCGCCGCCUUCCAGCGCGGGACUCCGCUGGACGCGGGACACUUCUUCCCGGCGGACAUGUACGCCGCGGGCAUCAUGCUGCUGGAGUGCCUCACCCGGUCGACCCCCUGGCCCGGGAUGGACCUGUCGGCCAUCGUGGCCGCCGUGCAGGCCGGCCAGCGCCCUGACACCAGCACCUUCCCCGGCACCGGGCCCUUUGCCAAUGCCGGGGACCUGGUCGCGGCGACCUGGCAGGCGGACCCGGCCCGGCGGCCCGACGCCGCGGUCCUGCGCCAGCGGUGCGCCACCUUCUUCAUUGCCGCCGGCGGCCUCGGCCGGUCGUAG